AUGGAACGCUUUACACCAUCACCAUCUGUCUUCAAUACAAGCAGCGAAAUAGAUGAAUAUGUUUCUCAAACCAUUGAAACUGACAUAUCACCGAAUCGCGUUCAAUACUCCUGGCUUUCAAUCGCAAACUUGUACUUUAAGGUUGGAAACUAUUCUAAAACUGAAAAAUAUCUACUUGAACUUUUGAGACUACAAUCUGAUGAUUAUGAGGCAAACGAUCUACUUGGUACCGUUUACAGAAGGCAGGGCAAGCUAGAGGCUGCUUUAGAUUUCUAUGAAAGAGCUUUGUGUAGCAAAGGUGCUUCACAGCAUCGUGCGUUAGACGUUGCUGAACUCUGCAUACUACUGGCGAAAAAGGUUAAAGAUGAAACUGAAAUAAAGAAGUUUACUGAUAAGUCCUUAUUUUGGAUCGAAAGUCAAGUAAAUAGAAAAUACAUUCCUCAAGCAAUACAACUAUUACAUAAAACAUAUUCCAUCAUAGUUCAACAUGCAGAAAGACAAUCUGAUAGGCGUGGUUGCUUAAAGCAUCGUGAUGGAAGUACACCAGUGGCUAGUAUUCAAUGGAUUGAUGAUACUGUAAAAGGCUUGUUAACGAUUGAGGAUACUUUUAUCGAUCCCGCUUUUCAUAUAAUCCUUGCUAAGGCAUUAUUGAAACUACAUGAUUAUCAACGUGUAUGGAAACAUGUAUUACAACGACGUUACAAUUUUGCUGAUAGCUUAGAAUGGAAUAUCUUUGUCAAGAAUACGUUUCCAAAACUGAGAAAAUUAGCCAAUAUUGACAGUAUAAAGGAACUGCUACAUGAAUCAACGGAGUUGAUAUUUUUCGCUUGUGACAAUGUUAUCAGACUAUCGUUAAAAAUAAAGCCACGCGACGAAUCUGGCAAACUUGUUAAGGAGUUUUCAGAUCUUAUAAAGACAUGGGAAACACCUCCAUCUCAAAAUCAUCAAGUAGUUGAAAAAUGGACACGUUACCGACAGGAGUAUCAAUCUCGAAGUUUACGACAUGAUGGAUAUUUCCAACUAAAACUCGCAUCUUCUGACUUGAGUCAGUUUAAGCUUCCAGUUUCUAAGACAGUACAGAAAAAUCAAGAACAUCUCUGUGCUGCUUAUUCAAAAUUUAAAUCAUGUUUAUCUUUUCGUCGUGAGACUUUCCGUGACCCUGAUCGUCCAAUUACUCAUUUUAUUUACCUAAUGUGCCAACGGAUAAGUGAUGUUUCUCAUCAAUUAUUGGUUCUGCUACAUUGUUUUGAUUAUGCUUGGUUGAAUAAAAACGAUUCCGCUGCAUAUGUAUUAAAACCAUGCUCCCAAUAUGAAGAUGAUGUUAAACAAAAUUUUGUUUUACCUGAGCAUAAUUAUCUUAUUAAGGAGUUAAUUCAAAAUGUUGGUAAAAACCAAUUGGCUGAAUUAAAUACAUUAAUAUGGUUGGCUCAAAUGGCAAAUCAGAUUGAUAAGAUAGCAUUUUGUGCCCCAUAUGAUUUGGAUCGUUUUUUGGCUGUUUCUGCUUGGUAUAUAGAAAGUGGUGUGUUGCGAGAAUGGUUACGAUACAUCUUUCCGAGAUUACAAGACUGUCCAAAGUUUCCGGAACCCGGAAAACAUCACGAUGUUCCAUCGUCCAUUCAAAUUUUAUCAUCAUUGUUUCAAAACAUGUCGAUACGAGGUCAAAUGGAAACUGGGUUGGCUCGCUUGUUGUCAGAAAAAGAAAUAAAAACAAAAAGAAAUCUGAUAAUUGAGACACCAACUUUGAUAGACAUUGAAUUUUUUCUUAUAAUUCUACUUGUCCAAAGGCAGUAUCAUUGUGUUGUUAAUCAUGGGGCGGAAUCUUUAGGUCAGAUACUAUACCUAGCAUCACAAGAACGCUGGAAACCACGUGAAAGUCAGAGAAAAUUUUGGAGAACAUUGUUAUGGUGGUAUGGUAGGAAUGAUCCGGAUAAACGGGUAUAUACAAGUGAUUUAAUGUCUAAUGAAGAGUUCUCACAAUGUAUCAGAGAGAUUAGAGGUGAUAUCAACAUACAUGAUUACGAUUAUAAAGAUCAAACUUUAUCUGUUAUAAAUUUACAAAAAGACUUGUUUUUGGUGAUAGCAAUACUCUUUGAGGUAAUGAUUACUCGCUAUAACCAAUGUAAGUCAACAGAAGGAUUACAUUGCGUUGAAGUUCAUCAGAAUUGGGAAAUUAAUAUUUCAAAAGGCGAGUCAACGAAUAAUUCAAGGGUGAAAUUUGCAAUAUUAGAUGAUGAAGUUAAAGAGCCGGGAUAUCGAAUGUUUAUUCCUGUUAAUUCGGAUCCUGAAACAAAUGACAUGACAGAGCGUUUAUCGUUUAUAUUUACUGAAAAUGGUGAUACGUCUAUACAAAAGUUGGAUCAACAGUGGGACACAUUUGAUGAUUUAGAAAAUUCUUUGAAAGGGUUUUCUGUUUCUGAUAGUUCAAUUUUAUCAGACAAAAGCUUUCUAAUUAUUAACGAUUUCAAUAACGACGUUAAUAACAACGAUGUCAUUAGUGAUGUCAAUAGCGAAUCCAAUAGCGAUGUUAAUAGUGAUGUCAAUAGUGACGAUAUCGUUAACGAUGUAAAUAACGAUGUAAAUAACUAUGUCAAUAACGAUGUCAAUAACGAUAUCAAUAACGAUGUCAAUGACGAUGUCAAUGACGAUAUCAAUGACGAUAUCAAUGACGAUAUCAAUGACGAUAUCAAUGACGAUAUCAAUGACGAUAUCAAUGACGAUGUCAAUGACGAUGUCAAUGACGAUGUCAAUAACGAUGUCAAUAACGAUGUCAAUAACGAUGUCAAUAACGAUGUCAAUAACGAUGUCAAUAACAGUGCUAGUGACGAUGUCAAUAACGAUGCUAGUGACGAUGUCAGUACUGAUGUUAUUGACUAUGUCAGUGAUAGCGAUGAUAUCAGUGAUGGUCGAUUUUAA